AUGUUCUAUUUAUCAUACUUCAAUAGGACUAGAAAGGUUCAGUUGCAUGAUAUAAAUACUCUUAUAUUUAGGAGGCAUUCAUCCUCAAAGAGAUGGCAGGCACGUCAGCUUAGAGAUCAGUUCACAAAAGCUGCAGCAGUGCAAGGAUUAAAGAGUCGAGCUGCAUUCAAAUUAUUACAGAUUGAUGAGAAGUACCGCAUAUUCAAGAACGGGCAAACAGUUGUUGACCUGGGAUACGCUCCGGGCUCGUGGUCUCAGGUGGCUGCAACUCGUACCCAGCCAAAUGGACGGGUUCUCGGCGUGGAUAUAAUUCCAGCACAACCACCCAAAGGUGUCUCUACAAUACAAGGCAACUUUUUAGACCCCGAGAUCCAGGCCUACGUCCAAGAGUUCUUGCGGGACCCCCAAAGGGGCAGACCACGCGCCCUCGGCCAAUUUCCGGCUGCUAUGCACCACAAUCAAGUAUUGAUUUCAACGACUAUCAACAAUUCUCUCUUGGGCGAGAGGUCCGAGGCGGAUCUGAGGAUUGAUUCUCAGAAUGACCAUGCAUCAGGAAGGACUGUAGACGUGGUUCUAAGUGAUAUGUCAGCACCCUGGUAUCAAACCACUGGGUUCUGGAAGAGAAGUUUAAGUGACCCUUAUAAUAGGAUGAUGAACACAAGCGGCAUGAGCUUCCGAGACCACGCUGGUUCAAUGGAUCUUUGCCGUGCUGCAUUGCGAUUCAGCUAUGACACUCUGAAGGCUGGGGGUCACUUCGUGUGCAAGUUCUAUCAAGGAGCAGAAGACAAAGACUUAGAAAAACAACUCAAGGCACUCUUUCAAAAAGUUCACAGGAUCAAACCAGAGUCUUCGCGCACUGUAAGCGCCCAAAAGCUCCAAAGAAAGUUGGCACUGUUAUGUACUAAUUUCUUUUGGGGUAGGAAUCCAAAGAAGCGUUCUUUGUUGGUCUUGAUAGAAAGUACGAUGCGCUAA